UGAUGAUGAAUAAUCCCUCGUCUGAUUAUAACUGAAUCGUUGUUGAAAGUUGUUAUUAAAGCAGUUGAAAAAGGAUGUCCUCGUUACCCGAGAACUUACCUGCUUAUUUACGGAUCAUUUUCGCAUAGCAACUACUUCUAAGCUAAAGAAAGAUGAAAAAAUCCUCUCAAGCCGCUGCGUCCACGGAAUUGCGGCAGCGGGUGAUGGCUCCCUUUCGUGAAAACCUGCUGACGAAGGACGGCGUCCGCGCUCUCCGACCCGCUGAUCAAGAUAGAUUCUUUCCCAAUGCGAAUGAGGGUGGACAUGCAAGACGUGGCUCAUCUCUCUCCGAAUCAUCUUCUAGAGGACCAGCAAACAAUGAUAAAAAAGGUGUGAAUAAAUCCGUAUCUACUAGUAGUCUAGAGCAUGGUCGAGGUGGAGGACGAUCUUCAUCUCGAGGAGGUGGAAUUCAGCUUUACGUCUCCAAUAAUACUCGCGUACCGGGCCAACGUCCGAUCGGACGUGUGGAUCUCAUGAUGCUGACGGAGCAUUUAAACAGCGGAGGGCAAGGAGUGCAUGGUGGAGGAAGGGUGAACAUUAUGCUUGAUUUUGAUCUUUAUCUUCCCCUCAGAAGACGUGGUGCGUUGGCGUUCUUGUCCCUCUCCUGUUAGCAACAGUCUAAGCAUUUUAUUCUGAGCGCUCUGACUGGUGCCUCCGCGGCAUAAGCAUAGCCGAAAGUGUAGUCAUCUUUGUUCCUCUAACACGAUGAUACGGCCAGAAGGUGGUGGUAUUGCGCCUAGUAGAAGUAGUGCGAGUCCGCCUCGCAGAGGUGGACCUUCGAUGCAUCAGCGUGUAGCGAAUUCGAGACCCGCUACGGCUACCCAUCCUCGUCGAGACCACUACCAACGUCAACUAGUUGAUUCUAGACGAGUAUCCACGUCAGGAGGACCAGGAAAUCAACACGACUCUCUCUCUCAAUCUUGCGUCAACCUGGCGCUCACAAAAGAAGGCGCAGCAAAUCCUGUGGAAGAAAACGAUCUCAAUAUCUUGGACAAGACCGAUGAUGACGUUAUUUUUCCGAAUAGCGAUUACCUGGUUUACCAUGAUGAAAAAGAGUGGGCAUCACUAGACGAACGGGGUCAACAGCAACUGGACGCACGACGGAGGCGACUGCGGGAUAUUUUGCUGAGGGCUGAACGGUUUCUGGCUUGCGAAGAUAGACAUAGUCUUCUAGGGGAACUUGGUGCUGCUGAGGGAGUAGUAGGGAUCGGAUUGCAAAAAAGAGCUGACGGUACAACAACAUUCAAGCAAGAUGGGAACAAGACUACUAGGUAUGAUAUGCGCACGACCUAUCUCGGGAGAAAUGGUCCGGCGGUGGCUAUGGCUAACAAGGGCGGGAGGAAUACAAGUGCGGGGAGAAUAACGAACAACGGCCGACCUCCUGCGGCUGCGACUGCCCGACCUAGCUCCGCACAUCCUACCAUGAGGCAGAGGCCGGACAAUCGCACGGUACGUCAACCUCCUUUGCAGGUACUACUUGGGAUUCCAUUUUUUCUUGUUGGAGACGUAGGAGUAGAAGAAUUGAAGUUCAGAACUAGUAAGCCACCUUGAGGUAGGAGUAGAACUAGAAGUGAACGAGAACAAGACCUUAUAUAUAUAAAAUAAGAAACAUUUCUAAUAUCCCGCCAGCUGGAGACGGACCGCUCCUCAGGGCGGAUGCACACAUUACUGGAGCCAUCUCCCCAGAAAAAUGGACCUGGACAAGAGGAGCAAACGCAGAAGAAACAAUCAUCUUCAGCAAGACAAUCAUCAAGCUCGAAAACAAAGUCCUCACUUGGAGGAGGUCCAGGUGGUCCAGCGUCUUCUACUUCGAACUCGACACUUCUCCAACGUACUAAACGAGGAGCAGGCAGCACAGGUGGGACAGCUUCAUCAAGGACGACUCCUUCUUCCGCAAAACAAGCUGAAGAGGGUUUGGCGGAAGUCAAGAAGAUGAUACAACAGACCGACUUCGAGGAGUCGAAUAUGAGAACCGUAUCGAAACCAAAGGGAGGACCGCCGAAAAGACAGAAUGAGGUACUUGUACUUAAAUUUUUACUUACUGUAUUUAAGUUAGAAAACAAGUAGCACAAGAAGGUACGAGUUAUUUGAAGAAUAUUUUUUUUGCCUCACAUGAACCCGGGACGGGUACCUCCCACAGGAGCAACAGUCUCGAUUUUUGAAGCCACCUCAUCAAAGAGGACCGGAGGGACAGAAGAGUUGGGGUAUCGCAAACCGCUUCAAAGCACGGAUUCCGACGUCGACACCGGGAGGCAUCGAAUAUUACAAGUACUUCAUCUGAUUCUUAUUGGAUGCGACACUUGACUCUACUAACUCGUAGAGGGGGAACCAAAUAACCAUGUGAAGUGCUUUGAAAGAAAAGUGUAUGCGGACUACUACUCUUGAUGGUGCUGUUCACCUAUGACCUAGUGUCCCUCUUCCACUUUCCCAACAUCAAGGUACAGCGCCGCACUCUGUGAGCGUCGAGCAAGUGGUCCGGACUUCAAAAAUUUGAUGCGUGGGACGCCUUCCUUUGGUAUUGGUGACAGGCUGGCCAAGUUAAGGUCCGGCGGAGUUGAUCCCCCCUUCUACGACGUCCGCGUUCCGUUGGGACAUGACGCGAGAACCACUAGUUUCGGAAAACGGCCUCAGAUUAUGGUUCAGUUUACAAUUCAUUUCUAGUACAUCACGUCAUUUGUUUAUUCUGCCUAGUGGUCCUUUCAUCUUAGGGAGAUGAAAAGAAAAAAUGUAGGAAAGAGACGAAAUCUUGCUAAUCAGAGUGCGCCUGCGAGUGGGAGAGGACAAAAGAACAGGAACAUGCCUGGACCCGGCGAAUACAAAUUGCCAUCUGCGUUUGAUCCACCAACUGGCAGGUUUAUUUCGCCAAAUAUGCGACCGUGGAGCUCUUAUGGUACUAGUUCUCUUGGUGCAGAUGUUGUUGUUAGUUGUGGUACUGAUGUUGUUGUUAGCUGUGGUAGUUUUUACUCUACUUUACUUUACUAGAUGUUGAUGGUGUUCUUGAAAGAAAAAGAUGAUGCAGGUAGUACAACAUCAGCAUACUCGCUAUUGUUCUCGAUAUCUUCUCUCUCGUCUAUCCGUUUACACUCAGGUCGCUUGCAGAAGCCAACAACCACUGAGGGAUCAGUGGAGAAGUCGAUGAAUGCAUCGCAGGAGAAGUCGACAAUGAGCGCAUCGAUGGAGAAAUCUAUGAAUGCAACGAUAUGAUAAAUGAUGAAAAUAGGUAAUCGUAAUGGUGAUGCAAGUGCAACUACUUUAAUUUUUGACGUUUUAGUGUGCUGGUUGUAGUACAACUCUCUGAAGAUUUUCAUAUUAGCGGUAACAUUCAAAGUCUAUCAUUUUUGAUUUGACAUUACUUAGUUCAAGAUACAGCCGUUGGUUACCCAAAAAUGCAUCAAUAUUUAUGCUGACCUUCCAGUACAUUAUGCGAAUCAUGGACACAGUCUAACACGAAUGCAUAGUAUGAACAACAAGAGUAGGAUAAAAAGAUAGUAUUGCUUGUACAAUGAUCGUGCACAGACCUCGCCUUGAAAGGGCAAAAACGAACAAGCCUUGAUUCGGGGCGGAAUAUGACGAGCGGGUCUCGUUACAGUUGUGAGGAAAGUCAGAGUAUUUCAAUGCGAAAGCAAUACGAGUACAGGUGCAAGAUCAUAUAAGCAGCCCACCGCUAUGUAUUUUGUCAUGCAGGAGUUAGAAUAUGAUCUAGUUUCAGUUUUAGCUUAUCGGUUUUAUCAUGGUUCGUGACGUAGUGUAGUGCAGAAUCUGAUCAGGGAUUUCGGUAAUUUCUCAUUCUCUUUCUUAUCUCCUGUUUAAUGAUAGCAUGCACUGCAUAUUCAAAAAUUGUCUAGGUCAUCUUUUCGUUCGAUCAUAUAUGCGAACACUAUGUCUAUAUUUUCUAGAUCCAGUUAGAGUUACUACUUGCACAGUCAUUUUCGCUAUCGUAUGCUUCAAAUCUUCGCAAAUGUUGUUUCUUUCGGCUUUAAUAGUAUGCUCAUGAAGUAUAAUUAUAGCUGGCCUUGCCCCACGCCCAGAGCACUUUCUUGCAUAGCAGCUUCCUCCUGUACCUACAACGUCUGUCUUGCCCCACCGCACUUUCUUGCAUAGCAGCUUCCUCCUGUGCAUUUCCCGAGCUUCGUGGCAAGAGUAAGGUUCAUGUUGUUCUCGCAAGCCCCUCCUGUGUAUAAACGAGCGCAUAUUUUUAAGGAACCCUGCAGGCACUACAUGAGAGCAGAUGUCGUCGGUGACUGAGAGGUGGAUACUGGUGAGGUGAGAAUAUUGAGAAGUGAGUAUAUGGGAAUGAGCUGCCGAGAGCGCGAAGUGGUGAAUAUCAAGCAUUAUAUCUCAGUAAUUGAACAGAAGUUGGAACACAAUUCCCUCUUCAGGAAUCAAGGGACGCGGGACUAUUGAAUUUCAGGAAUUAAGGGACGAGGGAGUAUAAUAUGUGUUUGCUUAGAGUUUUUAGAAUUACGUCGCACCACCACGACCACCACUAACGAAAAGUAAUGACUGGCAUGCUACAAAGAAACAAGUAAGUGUAAGUUUACUUCUAUCAACGAAUGAUCUACAACACCAAGGAUUCCAGUUGUUGACAUCAAAAUCAUGAAGGCCUCCAAGAAUGCAGCAAGUGCUCUCUUCACCUCGUCGCCGU